UCAAUAGUAUUAUCAUUUUCUUUAGAAUUUAUUUAUAUUUUAAAAUAUUAUUCAUUUUCUUUGGUUAGGCCAAUGCAGCAAAAAAGAAUAUAUAAGCCAUAUAGCAAUGAAGAACUGCAACAGCUAAGAGGAGUGAGAGAAAGCAAUAAUCGAUCCAAUUUCAUUUUGCAAGUGUGACCCAUUCUUUUUGCUGUCAUGAUGCAUAGGAUCAACACUGCAAGGUCCAUUUUUUCAGCGGUUUUCAGAAGCAAGUCUUACCCUCACUCUGCUGCUGCUUUCUCCACCUCCUUGCUUUUCGAUGAAACUCAGAUACAGUUUAAAGAAAGUGUUGCUCAGUUUGCAACGGAAAAUAUUGCUCCUCAUGCUUCAAAAAUAGACCACACGAAUUAUUUCCCACAGGAGUUUAACCUAUGGAAAAGCAUGGGCGAAUUUAAUCUCCUUGGGAUUACUGCACCAGAGGAAUAUGGAGGACUUGGCCUAGGUUACUUGUAUCACUGUAUAGCAAUGGAAGAGAUUAGCCGUGCUUCAGCAUCUGUUGGUCUUUCUUAUGGUGCUCAUUCUAACCUGUGUAUCAAUCAGCUGGUGAGAAAUGGAAGCCCUGCUCAGAAACUGAAAUAUUUGCCAAAGCUUAUCUCAGGGGAUCAUGUGGGCGCUUUGGCAAUGAGUGAGCCAAAUUCUGGUUCUGAUGUUGUCAGCAUGAAAUGCAAGGCUGAUCGUGUAGAUGGGGGCUACGUUCUUAAUGGGAACAAGAUGUGGUGUACUAAUGGGCCAGUUGCUGAAACAUUAGUUGUAUAUGCAAAAACAGACAUAACUGCUGGGUCAAAAGGAAUCUCUGCAUUCAUCAUCGAGAAGGGAAUGCCUGGAUUCAGUACUGCCCAGAAAUUGGAUAAACUCGGGAUGCGAGGAAGUGAUACAUGUGAGCUUGUCUUUGAGAAUUGCUUUGUUCCAGAAGAAAAUGUUCUUGGGAAAGAAGGGAAAGGAGUCUAUGUCAUGAUGUCUGGGCUGGAUCUGGAAAGACUUGUUUUGGCAGCUGGUCCUCUGGGUAUUAUGCAGGCAUGCCUUGAUGUUGUCCUUCCUUAUGUUCGACAAAGAGAGCAGUUUGGUCGUCCCAUUGGGGAGUUUCAGUUUAUACAGGGGAAAAUUGCUGACAUAUACACUUCUUUACAGUCCUCAAGGUCUUAUGUAUAUUCUGUAGCCCGGGAUUGUGACAAUGGAAAAAUUGAUCCAAAGGAUUGUGCUGGAGCUAUACUUUGUGCAGCUGAAAGAGCAACCCAGGUUGCUUUGCAGGCUAUACAAUGUUUAGGUGGGAAUGGCUAUGUGAAUGAGUAUCCUACUGGUCGUCUCCUGAGAGAUGCUAAGCUCUAUGAGAUUGGUGCUGGAACUAGUGAGAUCAGAAGAAUGAUUAUUGGUCGUGAGCUCUUCAAGGAGCAAUGACAUGCCACCAUACCUUACAUGCUAAUGUUCAUUGGAGAUUCCUUUGCAGAUGUUAUUAAACUAAUGUUCAUUCAUCAAACGAGAAUUAUAGUCACGAGAAUUGAUCAUGAGUGCAAUAAACAAAAGUUUCCAUUUUAUAAUUUCUAUGUACUUCAAAAAUCUUCAAAGCUAUUCAUUCCUCUCUGAAAACUAUGCUGGAAAAAAAAAAUAUAAUUCAGGUCUUACGUUCAAUAAUUUUAUGCCUAAGGUAAUGUGUGUAGAUACCUCUAGCAUCUAUUGAAAUCAGGUUUAGCCUUUUAGGGGCGUGCAUUAUUUUCUCUUGCAGUUUAUGAAAAAUUAUAUUAGUUGAUUCAUAACUAGAGUGCGUUUAUCAAGUUUUUACCAUAACAAUAUUUUGACUACUGUCAGAAUCUGGGACUGCAAAACCGGAUCACGCCUUAAACAGGUUCCUAAAAGUAGUAGUAAUAUUACACAAGCAUGGCAGGAAAUUGGGAAACCAUCACCAUCACCCUUAUUCUAGAGUACGGAACUCAUAAGUGGUAAUGGCUUAUUUCAUUAUGCCAAGACUAGCCCUUAUUUAGCUAGUAUAGUGCACUUAAUUGUCAGUCUUUCUACAGCUGACCAUGCAAGUUUAGGCUGGGCCUACAAGCUCAAAGGGUAGUAACCAAACACAGCAUGAAAGCAUAAGUAUAUAACUAGUUUUGUACAGAGACAGGACCAACAUGAUAAACACUUAAAGACAACACUGAAACUUAGACUC